AUGGAGGCGGCGGCGGGCGCGGGCUGCGGCUCCGGGCCGCCGCUGCUGCUCAGCGACGGUGAGCAGCAGUGCUACUCCGAGCUCUUCGCGCGCUGCACUGGCGCUGCCAGCGGUGGCCCCGGGUCCGGGCCCCCUGAAGCAGCCAGGGCCACCCCCAGCGCAGCCACCGCAGCAGCGGGCCCGGUGGCCGAUCUGUUUCGAGCGUCGCAGCUGCCCGCCGAGACGCUGCACCAGAUCACAGAACUGUGUGGUGCCAAGCGGGUUGGUUAUUUUGGUCCAACUCAGUUUUAUGUUGCCUUGAAAUUAAUUGCUGCAGCACAGUCUGGCCUCCCUGUGCGGAUAGAGAGUAUUAAAUGUGAAUUGCCGCUGCCUCGCUUUAUGAUGUCAAAGACCGACAGUGAGAUACGAUUUGGGAACUCGGCUGAGCUGCAUGGAACUAAGGUUCAAAUUCCAUAUUUAAUCUCGGAAAAAAAUACCUUCAAAAGAAUGGAUGAUGAGGAUAAACAGCAGGAAACACAGUCUCCCACGAUGUCACCUCUCGCCUCCCCUCCUUCUUCCCCGCCUCAUUACCAGAGGGUGCCCUUGAGCCAUGGCUACAGCAAACUGCGGAGCAGCACGGAGCAGAUGCAUCCAGCUCCUUAUGAAGCUAGACAGCCCCCUGUCCAGCCUGAGGGACCCUCAUCAGGAAACCAAGGAGCCAAGCCCCCUCGGCAUCAGGCUUCCCUUAUCCGGUCUUUUUCAGUGGAGAGAGAACCACAAGAUAACAACAGUAAUUACCCGGAUGAACCGUGGAGGAUAACAGAAGAGCAGCGCGACUACUAUGUUAAUCAGUUCCGAUCCCUUCAGCCAGACCCGAGUUCCUUCAUUUCAGGUUCAGUGGCCAAGAACUUCUUCACCAAAUCAAAGCUUUCCAUUCCAGAACUCUCCUAUAUCUGGGAACUUAGUGAUGCUGACUGCGACGGAGCCCUGACCCUGCCUGAGUUCUGUGCUGCAUUUCAUCUUAUUGUGGCCCGGAAGAACGGCUAUCCCCUGCCCGAGACCCUCCCUCCAACUCUGCAGCCAGAGUACCUGCAAGCAGCCUUUCCUAAGACCAAGUGGGAGUGUGUGUUAUUUGAUUCUUAUUCUGACUCCAUGCCAGCAAACCAACAAUCCCGUGACUUGAACCGGAUGGAGAAGUUAUCUAUUAAAGAUUUGACUGACUUUCCUGUUCCUACCCAAGAUAUGACUGGUGAUGACAAACAAGCUUUGAAAAGUACUACGGAUGAAGCCUUACCAAAGGACGUGUCUGAGAAUCCAGCCACUCCUAAGGAGUCCAACAGUCUCAAAGCAAGACCAAGAUCCAGAUCUUACUCUAGCACCUCCAUAGAAGAGGCCAUGAAAAGGGGCGAGGACCCUCCCACCCCGCCACCGCGGCCACAGAAAACCCAUUCCAGAGCCUCCUCCUUGGAUCUGAAUAAAGUAUUCCAGCCCAGUGUGCCAGCUAUUAAGUCAGGAUUGUUACCCCCACCGCCUGCGCUCCCUCCAAGACCUUGUCCAUCACAGUCUGAACAGGGGUCUGAGGCCGAGCUACACCCCCAACUGAGCAGAGCCCCCUCCCAAGCUGCAGAGAGUAGUCCAACAAAGAAGGACAUACCAUAUUCUCAGCCACCAUCAAAACCCAUCCGUAGGAAAUUACGACCUGAAAAUCAAGCUACAGAAAAUCAAGAGCCUCCUGCCACUGUUGGCGGACCAGUGUCUGCAGCAACUGUGAAACCGCAUCCAACAGUCCAAAAACAAUCUUCCAAACAGAAGAAGGCUAUUCAAACCGCUAUCCGCAAAAAUAAAGAGGCAAAUGCAGUGCUGGCCCGGUUGAACAGUGAACUCCAGCAGCAGCUCAAGGAAGUUCAUCAAGAACGCAUUGCAUUGGAAAACCAACUGGAACAACUUCGUCCAGUUACUGUGUUGUGACCCCCAAGAUCCAAGUAACAGUGGGUGACCUUUUCUGCCAAGAUCUUUCCUUCAAAUAUGUCAAUCCAACUACUUGUCAUAGACGUCUGACUGUGUCAAAAGCUGUGAGCAGUGGAAUAGAAUCUAUGUCACCUUUUCUCUUGUAUGUUUUACUGUGAUGGAAAAAAUACAACUGAUUAUCACACUUGAAAUUGUAAUUAUCAAUGGAAUUUCUCUCCAAUUCUUCAAUACUUCCUUGAGGUGUUAGAUGUUGCUCCUUACCAAAAGUCAGUCUUCUAGCAAAUAAUAAUUUAGAGCAUUAUUUAUUUCAAGAAUUUAUGAUUUGUAUAAAACCUCAUAACCCAGUACGUUCAGGAUGCUUGUUUUAUUUUUUUUUUAUGUAUAUCAUGUACAGUAGGUUGGUUUCCUGAACAAUUGGAAUUCUAACUGGAUAGUUUUUGGCAUGAUAAUAAUAAAACAAAAACUAAAAUAAAACAAAAGCAUCAGAUUUAGACUGGCUCUGUGCUCUCCACCACCAUAUGCCAAAAAUUGCUUCUUUAGUGCCAUUUUGAUAUUAUAUUUAGCUAUAAAUAAUACAUGACUAUUGUUUUCUACCGAAUGUCUAAGACUUACUGGAUCUUUACACCUUUGUAAAGGGGAAUUUUUGUCAGUAAUCUAUUUAACUUGACCCAUCUAGGUCGUCAACCCAGAUAACUCAGUUCUUUCAUGUAAAUUUUUGGGCAAGAGCAAUGUGCUUUAACUGCCUUGCCUGAUCAAAUUAAAUAAGUAGUUGCCAUAUUUCUACUUUUAUCAUGCAUGGGAUAACAUAUCUGUAAAUGCAUGAAUUUGGAAACUACCCAUCAAAUAUGAAAGGCUGAUGAGACUGUUUGGAUUGAUAAACAUUUGUUGUUUGAACCCAGGUAUUCAAACUGGGAAAGAAGAGGGAAAAUGGUUGCUAACCAUUCAACAAUCUCUGGUAAUUAUUUUUGUCUUUUUUAUUCUAACUUGGGCUGUGAGUGUAUUUGGUAUGAAAUAAUAAUGAAAGAAAGCCAAUUCUGACACUGGAUAUAUAGUUAUUUGGUUCUUUGUGAAGUGUACCCUUGGGAAGUGACUGAUUUAUGUGCAGUCAAGAGGGGCCCAGCUGAUUCCAGUGUAAGUGAUGUAAAAUGGUGAGCUCAAAUUGCAGAAGCCAGUGUCCUAUCAAAAUUCGGAUAGCUGCUGCUUCACCUGAAAGCCCAAGUUGAAAAUGGCAAUUGACCAAACCUCACAGGGAUCAGGGCACACCAGCUUUAACAUCAGUUUGAGAGACUGAUGGCAAGAAAUGCUGUCUGUUAUGCAUUUUGCUACUUUACACAUUCUUAGGCUAUAGGGGUGGGGUGUGCCUAGCGUCCUUUUCGAAGUGGUUUGGAUAGGUUUGCAGCAUCUGAGAUUAAGUCUUUGAUUUCAGUAGUUGACAGCUUUUAGAAAAUUAGGCAUUUAUUUAAUGCUUCCUUAUUCCAUUUGGCAAGCUUUAUCAGUAGCUUAAUGGCAGAAGAGGAAGUCUCAAACAGAUGAUGUUUUUUCAAAGAAAAACAAAUUGUUGAUUCUGUUCUGUGUGUAUUAAAGGCUUUUGAAUUGGCUUGAUUUUGAAAAUCAGAAAUCUUGAACUCUUUC